AUGGAUAAUAAUCGAUAUAGUAGUGUUUGGGAACAUUUUACUAUAAUUGAUGGAAUUCACGCAAAAUGUGAUAUUUGUAAACGUAAAUACUCCUAUAAAUCCACACUUACAAAUUUGAAAAAACAUUUAUCCAACCGACACUUAAUAAACUGUUCACCAGCCAAUAAUCCAGUGAGUCAAAAUCAAAACAUACACCAUGAUAAUAUUGACAAUCCAGACGACUCAGAAACUCGUGAUCCUCAACCUUCUACAUCUGGAUCAUCAAUGGCACCUGUAUCUUCAUCAGCCAGUAUUUGUAUGUCGAGGCCAACUGAAGUUGCACGUAAACGUAAGCAAACUAGCAUAAUUGGUUAUGUUCCUAAAAGAAUGACUGUUGAUAGUAAAAAAAAAAUUGAUGGGGCUCUUUUAAAAUUAUUUACAAAAGACUACCAACCAUUUAGAGUAGUAGAAGAUGAAGGGUUUAAGGAAUUUGUGAAACUGUUAAAUCCAAACUAUAUUCUUCCUGAUAGACACUCUAUAUCCAAAACAUAUAUACCAGCUUUAUAUGAAAAAUGUGUUGUUGAAAUGAAAGAGUUGGUUGAGAAGGAAGCUGAAAGUGUCUGUAUGACAACCGAUUGUUGGACUUCUCGUAACAAUGAAAGUUUUAUGGCUGUCACUAUUCAUUUCAUCGAUAGUAAUUUCAGCUUACGUUCAGUUCUCCUUGGGUGUUUUGAAUUUAAUGAUCAUCACACAGGAGUAAAUUUAAGUGAAAAAAUAAAACAAACAUUAGAUGAAUGGAAUUUGAAAAAAAAAGUUGUUCUUGCUGUUUCGGACAAUGCCAAUAAUAUAAAAAACGCAUUAAAUAUAUUACAGCUUAAAUCCAUGGGAUGUUUUGCACAUACUAUGAAUCUUGUCGUUCAAUCUUCCCUUACACUGGAAAAUAGUUUGUUAGAUCGAGUAAAGGCAAUUGUUACACAUUUUAGAAAAAGUACUGUGGCAAAUAAUAAACUACAUACUUAUCAAAUUAAUAAUGGCAUCAGUCAACCAAAAAAAUUGAUUCAAGAUGUUCAGACUCGUUGGAACUCAACGUUUUAUAUGAUAAGUAGGUUUGUUGAAUUGGAGGAUUCUAUUCGUGGUACAUUAGGUUUACUGGAUAAAGCGCCGGAAAACCUUAAGGGUGAAGAAUGGGUAAUUCUAAAAGAAAUGUGCCAAGGACUUAAGCCUUUUGAAGAAGCUACCAGAGUAGUAAGCGGAGAAAAAUUUAUGACAGCUUCACUGGUCAUUGUUUUGUCUCAGGGUCUAGUUGAUGUAUGCCAUAAAAUGUCUAAAAUGAAUUAUAACACUAGAGUUCUUGAUAUUGUAAACAAGCUAUUGUGUACUAUGCUUGAAAAAGACACCUGGAAAAAUUUAGAAAAAAGUAGAACAUUACGCCGAAGCACAUUUUUAGACCCUCGUUUCAAAAAUAUACCUUUUUUGCAUAGUACAUAUAUUCUUGAGACCACAAAAGAUGAUAUCAUUGAACAAUUGACGGGGAUUAUUCGAAUUGAAAACAACCAAACAGCAGAACGUAAUGAACAAAUUCCACCACCUGAGAAUGGUUCUGAAGAGGUACGGGACUUGCAAACUUUUGGACAUCAAAGUAUAUCAAUUUGGGAUACAAUUGAUCGUAAUGCAGCAGAGGUACUACCUACUGGAACAUCAACAUCUCGUGCAAUCAUUGAAGUCCAACGUUAUUUAGAAGUUGCUAUACUGCAAAGAAAUAACGAUCCGUUAAAUUGGUGGCGUGAAAAUAGUUAUAACUAUCCGUAUCUACACAUAUUAGCAAAAAGAACACUAUGCUGUUUAGGUACAUCAGUACCGUGUGAAAGAGUGUUUUCGAAGGCUGGAUUAAUUUUAAAUGACCGUCGUUGUCGUCUGAAAAAUGAUAAAGUUAAAAUGCUUUUAUUCCUCAACUAUAAUUCAAAUUAA